CCUACAACCAAUCAAUCCAAUUGACAACCACUAUGAAUUCCAUCACCACUUUAGCGUACGUGUAUACGGUGCCCAACUGUGACUUUCUGACAAGAUUACAAUACCUGUGACGGCCCACGCCGUGUAAUUACAUUCAUUACCGCCCACGCCGUGUUGGCGCCUUAGGUACCUUGCUCACUCGGCUAUCCGUCAGUCGGUCGGAGACAGCUGCCAUCCGCCGUCACCAGCAGCGACCGGGCCACCGGGCCACAUCGCGGUGAUCAAUCGUUAGGGUCCGUGAUACGGCGACUAUCUACGCUCAGAUUCACCUUUUUAAACACCUCUUCUCGCGGCAUCAACUGCCCCUUCAAUUUGGUCAGAUUCUUUCUCCCGGCCCCGUAGCGGGCCCUGGCACUUUUCAAAAUGAGCUCCCUCAAGCAGUUCAUUCGCAACGUCCGCGCCGCUAAGACCAUUGCCGACGAACGAGCCGUCAUUCAAAAGGAGAGCGCAUCCAUUCGGGCGAGCUUCAGAGAGGAGAGCGCAGACCACAGCGUCAGGCGGAACAAUGUGGCCAAGCUGCUGUACCUCUUCACACUCGGCGAGCGGACGCAUUUUGGCCAGAUUGAGUGUCUCAAGCUUCUGGCCUCGCCCCGCUUUGCCGACAAGCGACUAGGACACCUAGCGACCAGCUUGCUGCUCGAUGAGAACCAGGAGGUCCUGACCCUGGUCACGAACUCUCUCAAAAAUGACCUGUCCCACUCCAACCAAUACGUUGUUGGCCUUGCCCUCUGCACACUGGGCAACAUUGCCUCCGUUGAGAUGUCGCGAGACUUGUUUUCCGAAAUCGAAAGCCUAAUAUCCACCGCGAACCCCUAUAUCCGGCGGAAGGCAGCCCUGUGCGCCAUGCGGAUAUGUCGAAAGGUCCCAGACUUGCAGGAGCACUUCAUUGAGAAGGCGGCUCAGCUGCUCUCGGACCGGAACCACGGCGUGCUGUUAUGUGGUUUGACAUUAGUCAAUAGUCUUUGCGAAGCAGACGAAGCCGAAGGCGGAGAAGAGGGUAUCGUUGACAAGUUUAGACAGUUCGUGCCUGUGCUCGUGAGGACUCUCAAAGGGCUAGCAUCAUCAGGCUAUGCCCCCGAACACGACGUUACCGGGAUUACGGAUCCCUUUCUGCAGGUCAAGUUGCUGCGCCUACUCCGAGUCCUGGCCCGCGGGGAUGCUCAGGUUACGGAACAGAUCAACGAUAUUUUAGCCCAGGUCGCGACAAAUACAGAUUCCUCCAAGAACGUGGGCAACUCGAUCCUCUACGAGGCAGUCCGGACCAUUUUGGACAUUGAAGCGGAUUCAGGGCUCCGUGUUCUGGGUGUGAACAUACUCGGCAAAUUCCUGACCAACAAGGACAACAAUAUCCGAUACGUCGCCUUAAAUACGCUCGUCAAGGUGGUGGCCAUCGACACCAACGCCGUGCAGAGGCACCGAAACACGAUUUUGGAGUGUUUGCGGGAUCCCGACAUCAGCAUUAGGAGGAGAGCUUUGGACCUCAGCUUUACGCUUAUCAACGAGAGCAACGUCCGUGUGCUGAUCCGGGAACUGCUGGCUUUCUUGGAGGUGGCCGACAAUGAGUUCAAGCCGACCAUGACCACUCAGAUUGGCGUUGCAGCCGAUCGCUAUGCGCCAAACAAACGGUGGCACUUCGAUACCAUGCUAAGGGUCGUGACAUUAGCUGGAAAUUACGUCAAAGAACCCAUCCUCUCCUCAUUUGUCCGCCUUAUUGCCACUACCCCUGAAUUACAGACAUAUGCAGUUCAAAAGCUAUACGCGAACCUCAAGAAUGACAUCACGCAAGAGAGCUUGACACAGGCCGGCGCCUGGUGUAUCGGCGAGUAUGGUGAUGCGCUUCUCCGGGGCGGCCAGUACGAGGAAGAGGAGUUGGUUCAGGAGGUCAAGGAGCACGAGGUCAUUGACCUGUUCUCUACGAUUCUUAACAGUAGCUACGCCACGCAGGUCACGACCGAGUACCUCAUCACCGCUUUGGCCAAGCUCUCGACCAAGCUAUCCGAUCCAGCGCAGAUCGAGCGAGUGCGCCGCCUUCUUCAGAGCCACCAGACAAGCCUAGAUGUUGAGGUUCAGCAACGCGCCGUUGAGUUUGGCAAUCUAUUCGCCUAUGAGCAGAUUCGCCGGGGCGUGUUGGAGAAGAUGCCCCCUCCCCAAAUCAAAGAGGAGUCGCGGGUUCUCGGUGAGGCAGCCAAGAAGUCAACCAAGACGGCGAACCGGAAGUCAAAGGCUCUCAAGCCAAAAGAGGAAGAUCUCCUCUUCGACCUCAUGGGCGACAGCAGCGCUCCCUCGCCCGCGCCUGUCAACGGCACGCAAAAUACCGACCUCCUAGCAGAUAUUCUAGGCGGCACUAGCUCGCCUGCUCCCCCCGCCCCACCUUCGGCGCAGUCCAAUGUCGCCUCCAUCAUGGAUCUGUUUUCGCAAGGUCCUGUAUCUACGCCAUCUCCAGUCCAAGGGGCCGCUGCCCCUCCUCCUAGCCUCGGCAUGUUCUCGGCGACAGCUUCGCCCCCACCGCAGGCAGUUCCCGCCGCACAGGCGCCGGCUGGUCAUCCUUGCUACGACAACAACGGUUUGAAUGUGACCAUCCAGACACAGCGAAACGCCGAGGGUGCCAUUCAGGCCAUCGCUCGGUUCCGGAAUACGUCGCCUGCCGCGUCGCUUUCCAACGUUGGCCUGCAGGCGGCCGUUCCCAAAUCUCAGAAAUUGCAGCUAUUGAGUAUAUCGUCGACUGAGUUGGGGCCUGGAGCGGAAGCAACGCAGAUGAUGAGGGUGGCGGGGUGCAAAGGGCCUUUGCGGUUACGCCUGAGGAUAGGAUACUCGCAUCCUACUGCAGGACAAGUUAUGGAUGUGGUCAACUGGACCGAGCCAUCAUGAGGGCGGGGACGGUGAGGAUGGGGGAAAGGUGACAUUUGGCAGGCUUGAUUGUCGGUUAUGUCGCGCAUGGAGCUUCAAGGUUUUCUGGAACGCUGAGGGCAAAGGCUAGGUAAAUACGUAUCCUAUAUGGCUUCAGGAAGAAUGUAGGGGAGGGCGGUACCGGUGCCAAGGCUUGGGUUGUAGCGGGCAGGUAGUCAAUUUGAGUCCCGUUGACCUGCUGAAAGGCGGGUUAAGGAGGGCGUUUUUUCGCUAACUU